AUGGUUGUUGCAUUAGGUCCGGGGAGAUUCUACGGCGUCGCCCUACCGCGGCCGCGCCUCCACACCGACGUCAAGCUCAACGACGAGAGAGUCGAUCCGCCGCCCUCCGUCACGGAUCCGCUCAUUUCGUGGGCGCGCGAGGCUCACUGGUCCAUGGGCGGCCUCAGCAUCCAGCGCCACCGCCUCCAGGGCCGCAUCGAGGGCAACGUCGAGCGGCUCCGAGCUCAGCGGGAACAGAUCUUUACCAGAUCCCCAAUUCCGACGAAAUUUGGGACAAAAUCAGCCGAGAUCGACGCAUCGGCCUCUCCGCCGCGCGCUCCGGUGGCGAUUAAGCGCCGCCGCGUCGUCGGAUUGAUGGAUGACUACGAGGAGGAGGUGAUUGCGGGGGUGAAGAGAGGCUUGGUGAGGAAAUUGGGCGAUGAUUUUGAACGAGUGGCGAGGGAGAGCGAAAUGGUGAGCAGCAGCGGCGGAGAAAUCGGAAUCGCGGAGAGAAGUAGCUCCGGUGAAGAGCGGAAAAGGGGGGGAAAGAAGAAAUUGGUUAGGGGAGGGAGGAAGAUUGGGGCUGCGGUGGUGGCUGCCGCCUCUGGAAUCAGAAGAUCACCGCGGUUGUCGAAGAUGCGAUGA